CUGUAUCUGAAUCGCCAUCAAAGUCAGUCCAAAGCAAAACUUUGGAGACUCUGCGACAUUUCGACCCGCAACCGUGAUGAGACCCGCCCGGUGAAGCUUCCUGCCUGGUGAUGCACCCGAGGAUGUUUAUGGCGGUGCUUGCUGGACGGCCUCCGAUGUGUAUAGGCCCGCCUGGCAGCCAUGUCCAAUCACCAUAUCUCUUCUCUAUUGACUUGAUAGCCUCACAGCUCUCCCGACUUCACGUCGCCUACGCUGCCAUGUACAUCAAUGCUCCCGUUGCCAGUGCCCUCCUCGCGGCGACUGCCAUCUCGGUCCCGUCCUCUCAGGAGCGUCACGCGGCCCGCAUCGCCCGUCGUGCUGGUCUCGUGCACGAGUCACGCUUCAAGGUGGGCAACGAGACCACUCACGAGAUCAGCGAAAACUGGGCUGGCGUCGUCUUGAACUCGCCUGCAGGCACGUACAAGAGCGUCACUGCGUCGUUCACGGUCCUGAACAUCAGUGAGCCUGAGGGUUCGACGGGCUUCCACGGCGCAUCCGCCUGGGUCGGCAUCGAUGGCGACACCUGCCAGACUGGUAUCCUCCAGACUGGUCUCGACUUCGACGUCAAAAGUGAUGAUAAUGUGUCCUUUGCUGCCUGGUACGAGUUUUCUCCUGCUGACUCCAUCGACUUCCGGGGCAUCAGCUUCACAUCAGGCGAUAUCGUCACGCUGACCGUCAUCGCGGCGAACUCGACGUCGGGCAUGGCAAUCAUCACAAACAACAGUACGGGCACGACCGUCAAUCAUUCGGUUACCUCCACUGUUCCUCUGUGCGGGCAGGACGCGGAUUUUAUCGUCGAGGACUUUGCUGUAGCACUGAACGCCACGAGCACGAACUUUACCCUCGUCCCUUUUGCCAACUUCAGCACAGUCCGAUUCACCGGUGCAUCCGCCGGGACCACCUCAGGCUAUGCUGUCGACCUCUCUGGCGGGCACAUUAUCGAUAUGGUUCAAGUCCAGAACAACACUAAUGUCACUCUCACUUCCGUCACGGUCUCGCGGUCGGAGAUCAAUAUCACCCGCAUCCAACGCGACAGAGAGGAUGCAAAUUUCUUGGGAAGUAAAAAGGACAUAGCAUAGAGGAGUCAAUGGUUUACUUGUAUACCCCGU